AGACAUAAUAAUAGAAACUUCAGAACCCUCUUUGGAGCGGACCGCCUCAAAAACCCUAGACUAAGCGAGAUUGAGAACAGAGCAGCUCCAAAUGGUUCAGCGGCUCACUUACCGCACGCGUCACAGCUACGCCACCAAAUCCAACCAACACCGCGUCGUCAAAACCCCCGGAGGGAAGCUUGUGUAUCAGACCACAAAGAAGAGAGCUAGUGGUCCCAAAUGUCCUGUUACUGGCAAGAGAAUCCAAGGAAUUCCUCAUUUGAGGCCUGCUGAGUACAAGAGGUCUAGAUUGCCAAGAAACCGUAGGACUGUGAACCGUACUUAUGGUGGAGUUUUGUCUGGAGGUGCUGUUAGGGAAAGGAUCAUUCGUGCCUUUUUGGUGGAAGAGCAAAAGAUUGUGAAGAAGGUCCUGAAAAUUCAGAAGGCAAAGGAAAAGCAAGUGUCCAAGAGCUAGAUUUCAAUAGAGUAAAUUUGGCUAUGGAUUGAUGAUAGUGAAUCUUGGAGUUGUAGGUUAAGCUGAUCAAGAUUUGGAUUUAUGUUUUAGAUUGGCUGUUAUGAAUCGGGUUCUACCUCUUUCUCUUUGUCGACAAAUCUACUUGUGUUAAAAUUUUGGUUUUGUUCAUUCACUUGUCUGCUGUUCUCCGAAAUUUCCUAUUGCAAUUGGAUAUUUAAUGUAUUUGCGGAUUAGUGGUUUUUGUUAUCAUUAUGAGACUAGUUAUAUGAUUGCCUCAAUAUGAAAUAUGCUG